AUGCUGUCGCUCAGAGUCCUGAUACGACCUAGUAGAUGCACGCGCUGGCGUAGAUACAAUCACACUUCACCAUAUACUCCCCCUGCGGAUAGCACCACGUCUGGCGCCGGGUGGCGCGAGACCCCUGCUUUGACGGAGAAAAUCAGCCACUAUUCGCACUUUCCGGCCACUGGAGUGAGUCUUCAACAGAUGGUUCAGUUUGGUGGGUACCCUUCGGACGGCACUCUGUUCAGGGCGUCGCAGUUUAUCGUCGAGGAGCUGCCUAUUCGGCUUGCGCACCGUGUCAAAGAGCUGGAGUCGUUGCCGCUUCACUUGAGCGAUAUGCCGUCUAUAAAUAGGGUCAAGGAGUGGUACGCACAGUCUUUUGAUGAGUUAACGUCGAUUCCUUUGCCUCAGCUGUCUGACAGCGUGCGCAAGAAGCUCUACAACCCGUCGAAACGGGCCAAGCUCGUCGUACCGGUCGGAAAUACGCGGCCAAAAAGUGGACUAGGAAUUCAGGCCGAGCAAAGUCCUCUUGGUGAGCAGGACGAUGUUUAUAAUCCGAAUGUGAACCGCAUCAGAUCGCAGGCCACCAGACAGUACUUUGCAACCGUCGAGGAUGAUAUCCAAUGGCCGCCCGAGGUCCAGAGAUAUAAUCGGGUUGUUUCGCACGCACUUCAACGAAUCAAAGCACGGCAUGACGGCGUUGUAUCCACUAUGGCCCAAGGCGUACUUGAAUGGAAAUCCUCCAAAUUCUACCAACCAGAUGACGACGUUUUGCAGGGGUUCCUGGACAGGUUCUACAUGAGCCGUAUCGGUAUUCGAAUGCUUAUUGGCCAGCAUAUUGCGAUUAAUAUGGACCGGGGCAUUCGUGACGACUAUGUGGGAAUCAUUUGUACCAAUACCAACGUCAAAGAAAUUGCCCAGGCGGCUAUUGACAACGCCCGGUUCAUUUGCGAAGAUUGGUACGGCCUCUACGAAGCACCAAAAGUUCUUUUGCAUUCGAAUGCCGAGAACAUCAACUUCAUGUAUGUUCCCGGCCAUCUGUCCCAUAUGAUCUUCGAAAUCGUUAAGAACUCGCUGCGCGCAGUCGUCGAGUCCUAUGGCGUCGACGCCGAUGAAUACCCCCCAGUAAAGGUCAUCAUCGCCCAAGGUGACGAAGACAUUGCUAUCAAAAUCACCGAUGAGGGAGGUGGUAUUCCCCGCCGUGCCAGCGACAAGGUGUGGACCUACAUGUAUACAACUGCCAAAGAAACCCCCAGCCUUGAGCCCGACGUGUCCCACAGCGAUUUCAAGGCCCCCAUGGCCGGAUAUGGCUACGGUCUUCCCGUGUCACGACUAUAUGCCCGCUACUUCGGUGGCGAUCUCAAAUUGAUCUCAAUGGAGGGCUACGGAACCGAUGUUUACCUGCAUUUAAAUCGCCUGUCUACUGCGGCAGAGCCUCUUUCCUAA